UGACAGCAUGAACUGGAAAGUACAUAAAAUCUGAUUUCUAUUUUCUAUUUUCAAACCAUUAUAAAACAAAGUGUGAAAACCCAGUUACGCAGCCUUCGAUUCGUCAGCCAACGCCGGGGAUGGCCACCCUCUCCAAUCGCCGUCACACACUCCCGCAGGAUGACAUUGAUGGCCGGGCGAUAACUACAGACUCCAUUUCCACCAACUACCGCACGAUGCCCUACCUUGUCACCGAAAAAACUGUGCUCCAGCCUCACCUCGGUCGGCAAGAAUCUUUCCGCCGAAACAUUGGCCACGUUGCCGCAGAAACCUACUUGAUUACUCGCCUCGCCAUCACGCUUCUUCGGUACCUUGGGAUUGGUUACCGUUGGAUUACACAAUUACUUGCUCUUGGAUGUUAUGCCAUGCUACUUAUGCCCGGUUUUUUACAAGUUGCAUAUUACUAUUUCUUCUCACCCAAGGUACAGCGAAGCCUUGUUUAUGGAGAUCAGCCCAGAAACAGGUUCGAUCUGUAUCUACCAGCCGAUAUUGGUGAACCUAAGCCAGUUUUGAUAUUUGUAACCGGGGGAGCAUGGAUUAUUGGGUAUAAAGCAUGGGGUUCCCUUUUAGGACUACAGUUGGCAGAAAGAGGCAUUAUAGUGGCAUGCUUAGAUUACAGAAAUUUUCCUCAAGGGACUAUCAGUGACAUGGUAAAUGACACUUCUCAGGGAAUUUCCUUUAUCAUCAACAACAUAGCUAAUUAUGGAGGUGACCCUAACAGAGUUUAUCUAAUGGGACAAUCUGCCGGUGCUCAUAUUUCAUCUUGCGCUUUACUGGAGCAAGCAGCCAGAGAAACAAAUAAAGGAGAGAAUGUUUCUUGGAGCAUUUCCCAGAUCAAAGCUUAUUUUGGUUUAUCUGGAGGAUACAACUUAUUGGAUUUAGUGGAUCAUUUUGACAAUCGUGGCUUGUACCGUCGGAUCUUUUUAAGCAUAAUGGAAGGUGAAGAGUCUUUGAAGGUAUAUUCACCUGAAAUUAAAAUUCAAGAUCCAUGUCUCAAAAGUGCCAUUCCUCACUUCCCAUCAGUAUAUCUGGUCCAUGGAACUGCAGAUUAUUCCAUACCAUCAGUAGCGAGUGAACGGUUUGCUGAUGCUCUUAAGAAGGCAGGGGCAAGAGCUGAGUUGAUUUUAUGUGAGGGGAAGAGUCAUACAGAUUUGUUUCUACAAGAUCCACUCCGAGGAGGUAUUGAUUACCUAUUCGAGCAUGCAGUUGCCGUUAUACAUUCCAAUGAUAGUGAUGCUCUUACAAAGGACGCCUUUGCACCCCGAAGAAAACAGUUUGUUCCUGAGAUUUUAUUAAAGUUGGCCACCAAGAUAAGUCCCUUCUAAGUAUAAGCUUGUGAUCGUAGUGUUUGCUAUUCGAUUCCACAAUUCAAUAGUAUUCGACCACCUACCCAUUCAUGCUUUAAGAUGAAUUUCGUGAUAGAUAAAUGAACGGCUCUGUAAAAUUUCCAUAAAAAUCACGUAAUUCAACAAUUCCUUAAUUUUUAUUUUCACCAA